ACAGGGCUAUGAAGAACUGGAAAGAGAGCUGAAAGAAGUCUUUAAGGAAAGGAGCAACAUCCUUCGUCAGCUGUCGAAGACUUCCAAAGAACUUCAGGGAAUUAAAGUAAACCUCCAGUCUUUGAAAAAUGAUGAAGCAUCAACCAAAAAUGACAUGCAGAAACUUCUGGAACUGGGCCAAAAGCAAAGGGAAGAAAUGAAAUCUCUCCAGGAAGCCUUUCAAAAGCAGCUUAAUGAGGCAGCUGAGAAAGCAGAGAAGCAGCAGGCUACCAUUAACUUUUUGAAGACUGAAAUGGAAAGGAAGAGCAAAAUGAUCCGAGACCUCCAGAACGAGAACAAAAGCCUCAAAAACAAGCUCUUGUCAGGAAACAAGCUUUGUGGGAUUCAUGCAGAAGAGUCAAAAAAGAUCCAAGCCCAGCUGAAAGAGCUUCGUUAUGGGAAAAAAGAUUUGAUUUUUAAGGCACAACAGCUAACAGAUCUGGAGCAAAAGCUAGCAGUUGCAAAAGAUGAAUUGGAAAAAGCAGCCCUUGACAAAGAGUCACAGCUGAAGGCUCUGAAGGAAACUGUGCAGCUUUGCCUGUCUUCUGUUCUGCACAACCAGCCUCCUGCUAUCAAUCUAAUCCCCUCAAAACCAGCUGAGAAGUUGACUUCCCCAGUUACAAAGGGCUCCAAAGUUCCAUUUCAAGUGACAAGCACCAAGCGAAAUUCCUCAGCAGAGAAAGAGAAUUUUCAUGUGGCCUUGAAAAAGGAAGAGAAUCAGAGCACCCAGGAGUGUGAUUCUCAAGAUGUUGCCAAGACAUGUUUUGGGAAUCGCAAUAACUCAACCUCUCGUUUGAAGGCAGCAGAAACAGAAACAAGCUUUCAGCAAGUUUUGCACAGCCCUCCGUGGACUAAAGCUGAAGAUAAAAAAUCACCUGAAAGAAAUGAGAAAAAAUUUGAAGACUCUGUUAGUAAAAAAGAAAAAAAACUCUAA